UGUUUUGAAAUUUUCCAACAAACGUCAUUUUUGACAGCAGUAUCUGACGGUUUCAAAGUUUUUCUUCAGGUGAUAAUUCAAAAUUUUCAGUCAUGAGGACCCCAACUAUUAAUUUCACUGACCAAGAUAUCGAACACACAUAUCUGAGACCUUGUUAUUGUACUGAGGAUGAAGAUUCCUACAUAGAGAAAAGUUUCUGUUAUGUCGAAGGCACCAAAAGAGACUUGAACGCCUCUGAUAACAAGUCAGAGUUGAGCGAAAAUGUGUGGUUUGAAAUAAAACCACCGAGACUGUUCACUAAAGACGUGGCCCCCCUGGUUGCAGCUCGUAAGAUAUAUAUCACGAGGGUAAUGCUAAACGGUAAACGAUCAACUCCUGUGAAUGAAGAUGAGGAAGAGAAGAAGGAAAAAAUCAACGUCAGUAUGAAGAACAAGAAAUCCGCUGUUAGAUUUCUUUCGCAAGUGCAUCUUCAAUGAAAUUAAAGUUUUUUAAAUAAAACCGAUUGAAGGAAGGCUACAUGAAAUUCCACUUUUUUUUAAUAUUCACACAUGAAUACAAUAAAUUAGUAUAUGACAGUA